ACAGGUCAAAGUCCCAGCCAGACUCCACAUGUGAGGUGUGCAGGAAAAAGAAAAGAUUGCUCUUGAAAUUGUUGUGUUUUUUUUGUUUUUUUAGAUAAUUAUUAAUCCAUUGAGGGUGUAUAGCAAAAAAUUGAUGCAAACUCGGUCACUUAAGGUUCUCCAGACCGACACAGACAGGAGGCACAGGUGAACAGAAGGCUCCCAGUGUGGUGGUAACCCUCAGCUGAAAAAAGGGCCUUUUGCAGGGUGGAGGCAGCACGCUCGCAGCAGCCAGGACCUGUCACAUUACUCUCAGCUCCACAGCGGGACGAAGGCACCUGAAUACAGGCUGUGAGGGAGGGUUACAAGAGUGCCAGACGCCUCUGCUGCCGCUGAGAGUACAGCUUGGGACCUGGGAGAAACUUUUUUCCCUCUUGAGUGAAGGCGAUUGCAGCAGUGUGUCGCCAGAGAUUGGGGUAAAAAGUGCUCUGGCUACUUUUUAAGACUUUGGAUCUGAUAGAAAAAGAGACGGCACAAUGGAUCAGGAUGCAGACUAUGAGUACCCGGAUCUGGAUCCUCUGCCAACCAAAAUUGAAGCAGAAAUAAUCCCUCCAUGUGACCCCACGGCUGAUGACAGACUCUACCACAUAUGCAUCACUGCAAUAUCUUUUGUUGUCAUGCUGAUCCUUGCAGUGUUAGCCAGACGCACAAAGGAGGGGUACAGACAGAAAGGACUCCCAGGUUUACUCAGUCCGGUCAACUUCCUGGAUCAUACGCAGCACAAGGGCCUGGCAGUGGCCGUGUUCGGAGUGCUCUUGUGCAAACUGUGGGGUCUAGUUUUAUCACCAAACCCCCUACCUUUCACGGCGGACGCAGAGAAUAAACAAUAUUGGGUGAUACUGGGAGUCUUCUACUACCCCGCGCUAUACUACCCUCUCCUGGCAUGUGGCACUUUACAUAAUAAAGUUGGCUUCGUUCUUGGCAGCCUCUUGUCAUGGACACACUUUGUUGUUCUCGUCUGGCAGAAAAUCGACUGUCCGAAGGAACCACUGAUACACAAACACUACUCCCUUUUCUCCAGCCUGCCCCAGAUAGCUUGCUUGGCAUUCCUCAGUUUCCAGUAUCCCCUGCUUCUAUUCAAGGGCUUAAAGGGCACUGAGAAGAACAACCCCACCGAGGAUCUGAGUAGCAGCUACUAUAAGGACUAUGUGAAAGAAUUGCUCAAGAAGAAGACCACAAAAAUCAGCACAACAAGCACAGAGACACCGAAGCUCCCUCAAAGAAUAAUUGAUGCUGUGAAGUCGUACAUUUACACACCAGUGGAAGCUUUCCGUUUUCCACUGAAGUUGGCCGUCUCUGGUGUCGUGUCAUUUAUAGCUGUGUAUCAGAUGGCUCUUCUGCUGAUCUCUGGCGUGGUGCCGACGCUCCAGACGGCCCGUUCAGGAGUCGAUGAAGACGUUGCUAACCUUUUAGCUGGCUUCAAGAUAAUGCUGUCUCCAGACAAAUCUGAAGUGGUCAGGAUAGUGGUCUACUACAUGUGGUGUGUGGAAGUGUGCUACAUCUCAGCUAUAACUCUGUCUGGCUUGGUAAACCUGGCUAUGCUCAUGCGCUCUAUGGUUCUGCAUCGGUCGAACCUGAAGGGGCUGUACAGAGGAGACAUCUAUAAUGUUUAUAACUGCCAGAGAAGCAUCAGGGCUUCACGGCCGGCACUCGUCUGCUGGAUGGGAUACACAAGCUUCACGGCAGCUCACAUCUGCAUUGGCAUGAUGAUCCAGACCUUGGUGUUCUUCCUCUGCCUCCUGGUCGCUGUCUUCCUCAUCAUCAUACCCAUCCUGUUCCAAGAGAACCUGAUCGUCUUUCAGAUCCUGCUGAGCAUGUGGCCCUUCUGGCUGAUGAUUAUACUGGCUGUGUUGAUUCAGCAUAUCACCGGCAGGUUCUGCUUCAUCAAAAAAGACGGAGGCACGCGAGACCUAGACAACAGGGGUAAUCUGUUCCUGCUCACAUACCUGCUGUUUCCAGUCAAUGUUCUGAUCGGGGUGCUGCUGGCGGUGUGGCGAAUGAUCAUCACGGCGCUGUACAACAUCGUCCACAUGGGACGCAUGGAUAUCAGUCUUCUUAACCGCAGUGUGGAGGCUUUUGACCCAGCCUACCGCUGCUAUGCUCAUUAUCUGAAGAUUGAGGUGAACCAGUCCCACCCGGUGAUGAAGGCCUUCUGCGGGGUGCUGCUGCAGUCUGUUGGCCAGGAGAACAACUCGGCACAGAGGUCACGGGAUGCUGAAGAGGGGAUCCAGCUGGUCCAGCAGGAGAAGAAACAGCUCAAAGUGUCGUGCACUAAAAGGGCUCGCAGGAACUGGCAGCUCCUCUACACCCUGGUCAACAACCCCUCCCUUGUGGGCACCAGGAAACACUUCCAGUGUCAGACUGCAGAGAGCUUUCUGAAUGGAAGUCUCAACCGCAGCGCCAAGGAGGGGAGCAACAAGGAGACAGAGCCCACUGCCAGCGACUGAACCUGAUAAAGAUCGGCUGCACAGUCUUUUUUUUUGCUUUGGGGGAAAUUCUACAGUCAUAUUGUGUUUCCAUACCUGCUGUAGAUGUGUUGAAAAACGUGCACUUAUAGUUCAGUGCCCCAUGUAGAGGUAUGAACAAAGCCCUCCCUGUCUGAAGAUUGUGAGUCCACUUUGUGCUCAUGUUUCUCUGAUUGUUUAAAUGCUUGGGCCACAAUCUGCGGCCUGAUGGAAGCAUGCGUGGCACUGACCUUACACUCUCAUCAUGAGUCAUUUUUUACACAUCUGUGUGCUUCUUUUGGGAUAGCGCUUAUCACAUAUCUUUCAACACAUGGACAGGCAAUUCACUGAAGCAUCCCUUUAAAGAAUGUAUUAAAUUAUAGAGCAUUUCACUAUUUAUGAAUUCACAGAAUGAGCUGUUUUCAUAGGCUGUGUAAAACCAUUUAUUUUUUCAAUUGUACACAUUUUGUGAAAUUAGCAAUAACCUGUGGAGUACAUGACCUAAAAAUCAAAUGAAACUCGACUUUUAAGGUACAAAACCACUUGCUGCUUCCAGCGUUUUCUCACUAUUGUCCAAACUCUUUUCCUGGUGUCUGAUGUUCGCCAACAGUACUCCGUUUGUCUCUAUAUUUACAUUUAAAAUGCUGACUUUAAAGUGAAAAAAUCUAUUUCUGUAUUUUCCUUCCGAUCACUGUGAAAAAAAUAAAACUGAAACAGUAA